GACGGAGCCGAAAUCUCUCUUUUCUCUCACCCCCCUCCCAUUCCUUCUGUCUCUCUUUUUGUGUCUGUUUGUUUUGAAGGGAUCUCGUCUCCUCAAGGUGUGGCCGGAGGAAGUUCCGAAGAGGAAACGCUUCAGGAUGUGGAGGAUCGGUGGCGUCCGGUUCGUCCUAGUCACGGAUCAGCACCGGUAAAACGACCACUUUUUGAUUUUCCGGCGUCUUCUGGACGUCGGUUUUACUCUGCAUUUCGCUGCGGGUGAUUUUCUUCCCAGUGACGAUGACGGCGACGAUCCCGCGUCCUGGAGCCGCUCUCCGCUGCUAAGACGCUGGAUCUCUGUCUCCGGGGCCUGCUCUCCAGCCGGUUGUGGAGCGAAGCGGUAGAGAGACGAGUGUGUUUCCGCGGCAGGACCGCCAGGAGAACCUUCAUCGUAGUCGAGAGCGCUGCGAAUGCGGGUGUUUCCUUCAUCAUAGAGUGAUAGAGAUCCGGACGCGACUGUAUUGCGUCGAGAAAAGUCUUUAAUUCCAAGUGAAGACGCUUCAAAACAUCCUACUCAUAGCUAGAGGGAGUCCCAGAGGAAGACGUCUUCGUAGUUGGUCUUCGAUAGCUGUAGAAUCAAUUAAUCAAAACUUCUUCGCCAAGAAGAGCCUUGACAUGAUCUGGGAGAAGAUGACGGUUUUUGUGCCGGCAUCUGCAGGUUCGCGCGCCGGAAUCUCCUGUAAGUCAUUUGCAGUCCAAUACACAAUUAUGGGAUCUAACUGAGGCUGCUUUAUCUAUUCAGAGCACCUGUAAUCAGUCAUCUCAGUGUUCUGAACCACCAAGAAAUCAUGCUUCUCUUGUAAUGUUGGGAAACACCAAUUUCGGAGGAACCAUGGCUUUGGGCAGCCAGAACCUCAAAGAUUUGAUGGUAAAUUUGCAAGGUCUCCCUCGUGUUUCAGGUUUCUCUACCCUGAAGCCUGACAUGGAAAAUGUGCAGCCUCUUGCUUCAUUGACACAAACAUUUUCCGGUUUCCGCAAUGGUGCUAAAAGCCCUGGCAAUUUGCUCGAGUAUAAGGCAUCUGACAUGAACUCCUCACAGCUCAUUAGCCAAUUAAAAUCAUCUGUCGCAAGAUCUCAAGCGGCCGUUCAGGGUCCUGGUAUACAAUUAUCAAAAGUAGUCUCACAUUCUAAUCCUGCUUCUGGCAAUUGCUAUCAGCAUUCUUGUCCUGGGAUCAGUUCAUCUACUAGUAGCCUUCCAUCUCUGGAUGCCAUCGAGCAUCAGCUACUCUCAGAGUUGGCUAUUCAAGAUCAGGCUAACUUGUUUUGUUCAACAUCACCCUUGAUUACUCCUUUGUGUGCUCUCAACAAAUCAGCUGAUAAUGGCUCUCUUCCUGUUAACAAUCCUCAAUAUGUGACGGAUAGAGCAAUCAACGGUCAAACAUCUGUUUACUAUUCCAUGGAAGCAUUUUGUGUUCCUCGAAAUGAAAGUGAACCAACAGACUCUCAUGGACUCCGUCAAAAAUUAACAUGUGAAACACUUUCCAAGAGAGACAUGAUCCAUGACCAGGGUGCGUGGAAUUCCUUUCAGUUGGAUUUAUAUGACAACGUGAUAAAUUCAUUGAAUAGCGAUGUGUCAGAAGCACUUGUAGCUGGCUCGUUGUCAUCUGGUUUUGUUCGAAUGGAGGCUGAGACUGCAUUUGGAGGCAUCCCAGUAAAUAAUAUGGCUACAUCCUCCCUUUCUAGUUCCGGCACUGGCAGAGAAAGCUCAAACUCCAGUAGCAUCUUAUGUGAUGAUAAAAAAAGCAUGAUCAACAUGCCUUUGCAAUCGACUACAAAUGGGGACUUGUACGAUAGUUUAGGUCUAAAGUUUAAGCGCACCCAUGGCCUUCCAUUCUGGGAUGAUAGCUUACUCCCGGCAAGAGAUGGCAACCCUGCUAACUUUGACGCCAGCCUCUCAGUGUCCUUCCCAGAAUUGGAGGCACAUCCAUUAGUGAAUUUUGAUCGAAGUUAUCUGGACAUGUGCUCUGAAAAUCUGUUAGAUGCUGUUGUUGCUAAGGUCCAAUGUGCUCCUAUUAAUCGUGACUCAGAUGAUACCUUAUCGAAGUCCACUUUCACUAAAGCAAACGGCACGUCUGUGCCCAACAUUCAGGUGCAAUUUGAAAAACAAUCCCCUAUGAGAGAAAAUGCAGAUUCACCACCGUUGCCUGAUAUCAGUGAUGAGAAAACUGCACAUUACCCAUCAGAUGGUCUGCCCUCAAUGUCCCAAUUUAGCUCCUGGGUUGAAGGUAGUCAUAGCAUUGGUGCUGAGAUUUCUCUAAGUGAAAAGAAGAAAAUUGAUGAACCAGUCAAGACUAACAGGAAGAGAGCUAGACCUGGAGAAAGUACCCGCCCCCGGCCUAAAGAUCGCCAGCAGAUUCAAGACCGCAUGAAGGAACUGCGAGAGAUUGUCCCUAAUGGAGCAAAGUGUAGCAUUGAUGCUCUUCUGGACCGCACUAUCAAACACAUGGUUUUCUUACAAAGCGUUGCGAAGCAUGCUGACCAGCUGAAGCAUGCUAGAGCGCCAAAGUGCGGUGCUGGUGCAACUUGGGGAUUUGAGCUCGGUCAUCAAUCUGUAGUAUCACCUAUCAUUGUGGAGGAUCUCAGUCAACCUGGUCAAAUGCUUAUUGAGAUGCUAUGUGAAGAACGAGGUUUCUUUUUGGAGAUAGCAGACAUAAUUCGAGGAUUUGGACUUACCAUUCUCAAGGGAGUCAUGGAAGCUCGAAAUGGAAAGAUAUGGGCACACUUUAUUGUUGAGGCAAAUCGGGAUGUAACCAGGAUGGACGUAUUCAUGUCCCUGGUACAACUGCUUGAUCAAACGUCCAAGAGUAGUUCAAACCCGUGCGGUCUGCCAUCAGGGGUUAAUGGUAAUGGAGCAACAAUCUUCCCAGCAUUUCAUGAAAGUGCAGUGCAACCCAUAAUUAGAGUAGCAGAAAGGUUCCAGUAGUCAGCCGGAGGGUGCCACGAGUGGCUUGAUUCUCAGUUGCCUGCAAUGACUGGCACUCUGUUAAUUGCCAAAUUUGGCAUGCAUAUUUGUAAAUGACCUGGAGAGGGAGAUGUAAAGUUGGUAGUGGGGGGAAUCAUUCAUAGAAUAUUCAGAGAUGCUUUUGCUUUUUCCAAUAGUUUCUUGUGUGGGUUGGAGUGUGACUGUAGUUAAGCCAUGAAUGGCCUUGUAUGUAACUUGUAACGGAGGAGGGGCGAAAUUGGUUUUAUGUAGUGGGUAAACUGAUGGACGAUAGUAAAGAUGGAUGGGAGCCAUAAAAAAAGAAGAAAGAUUCUCGUUUUUUUU